GGUCCCGCUCUCCUCCCGGGAAGUUCCUGAGAAUGCUCCAUUCCUUCCUCCCUCCUGGCGUCCUCCUCCUCUUCCUCCUCGCGUCCGCAGCCUCCUUUCCAAAGGACCUCAUUCCCGUAAGCACGGUCAGUUUGGCAGGCGCGGCCCCGUGCCCGUAUUUCCAAGGUCUUCCGGGGGAUAAUGACACCGCCCAGCUGGGCCUGGAUUUCCAAAGCAUGCUGCGACUCAACCAGACACUUUUCAUCGCGGCCCGAGACCAUGUCUAUGCCUUUGAUCUCCGAAGGACCAAGGAUGACUUCUCUCCGGCCAGGCAUCUCACAUGGAAGACCCAGGAUAUGGUCAACUGUGCCAUGAGAGGAAAGCUUCGGAACGAAUGCUACAACUACAUUAAAGUCUUGGUUCCGAAGAAUGACCAAACCCUCUUAGCUUGCGGGACAAAUGCCUUCAACCCCAUGUGUCGGACCUACAAGACGAGUAGUUUGGAGCAGGAGGGCGAGGAGCUGAACGGGCAGGCCAGGUGCCCCUUCGAUGCAAAACAGACCAACGUCGCCCUCUUUGCAGAAGGGAACCUCUACUCUGCUACGGUGGCCGACUUCCAAGCCAGCGAUGCCGUGAUUUACCGAAGUUUGGGGGAGCGCAGUCCCGUUCUCCGGACGGUCAAGUAUGACUCCAAAUGGCUGCGAGAACCUCAUUUUCUGCAUGCCCUGGAAUAUAAGGAUUAUGUCUAUUUCUUCUUCCGAGAAAUCUCCAUGGAGUACACCACGCUUGGUCGGGUGAUCUUUUCCCGUGUGGGACGGGUGUGCAAAAACGACAUGGGCGGCUCCCCACGAGUGCUGGAGAAAUACUGGACGUCCUUCGUCAAGGCCCGCCUCAACUGCUCAGUGCCUGGCGAUUCCUUUUUCUACUUCGACGUCCUUCAAGCAGUGACGGACGUGAUCCAGGUGAACGGUCGGCCCGCCAUCUUCGGGGUCUUCACCACACAGUCCAACAGCAUCACAGGCUCUGCCGUCUGUGCUUUCUACAUGGAUGAGGUGGAGAGAGUCUUUGGUGGGAAAUUCAAGGAGCAGAAGAAUGCGGAUUCAGCCUGGACCCCCAUCCCUGAGGAGAAAGUGCCAAAGCCCAGGCCGGGCAGCUGUGCCGGCGUCGGCCAAGCCUCAAGCUACAAAACCUCCAAUGACUUCCCCGAUGAGAUGCUCAGUUUCAUCAAGUCUUUCCCGCUGCUGGACGAGGCCGUCCCCUCCGUCACGGAGCGACCGUGGUUCUCCAAGACGUCCAGCAGGUACAAGCUGACCCGGCUAGCUGUGGACACGGCGGCAGGCCCUUUCCAGAACUACACCGUUCUUUUCCUGGGCUCGGAAGACGGGACGGUGUUGAAGGUCGUCGCUGGAACCCACGAGAACUCAACAGUGGAGACCCGGCUGCUGGAAGAGAUCUCUGUCUAUAAUCCAGGCCGGUGCAACGUCAAGAAGGAAGAUCGGCGGAUUUUGGGGUUGGAGCUGGACACGGCCAACCACGCCCUCUAUGUGGCCUUCUCCAGCUGCGUGGCCCGAGUACCGCUCAGCCGCUGCGCCACCUACGGCACCUGCCGAAGGCGCUGCCUGGCUUCCCGUGACCCGUAUUGUGUCUGGCUGCACACCGGAGCAUGUGUUCCAUUCAGCAACGAAAUCAGAAGCGGAUUUGAGCAAGACGUGGAAAAUGCGGCCAAGUACGCGGGGAACUGUCAAGAUGUGGUAACGGCAACCGGGAACCACGACGGCACCAGCGACUCCGCGUAUGGCGAUUUGCAGACGGCCGCCACUGCCACCGCGCCCUUCUCGGAGGCGCCCGCAGGGUCUCCCUCUGCUAGCAUGGCGCUUGACGCCCACCCGGCCCCGGGCGCUGGGGACCCACGCUCCACCCUCCACGUGGCUGUGAGCACCCAGGGAGUGCGGCAGGAGUCGGAGGGGAAAGACGGCUCGAAGACGGUGCAUUUCACCUUCCUGAUCGGCUGCAUCUUCGUGGCCUUCCUCUUGGGGGCCUUCCUGUCAGGUCUGUUCGUCUCCUGCUACUGCAACCACGCGUUCCAGAAGGCCAAGCACGCUAACAAAGACCCCGAGGGCAGCAUCCAGCGGCCACUCUCCCUCCGCAGUUUGGCCAAGAUGAACGGCCUCCUGGAGAACCAGGCCAAAGAGGGCUUGAUGGAAGCCACUGGCCCAAAACUCUACACCACGCUGCUGCCAAACGAGAAAGAGACCCCCAAGAUGACCGCCAAGGCUGGGGUCAAAGAUCACCCGGAGCUCUCGGGCCUGCCCACCCCUGAAUCCACCCCCGAGCUGCCCAUGAAGAACAUGAAAGCCAUCCGGAACCAGUGGGAGAAGAACCAAAACUUCAACAAUGCCAAGGAGUCGCAAGGGAAGGCCCACUUGUUCCACACACCCGUCUCCAACGGCCACGCCCUGCCCUUCCCCAGUGCCAUGGCCCUUCCCAGCAACCUCCACGGCUACGACGCGCCCUUGGCGGGCUACCUGGAUGAGAAGAAGAUCACCAACUCCGAGCGCGUCCUGGUGCGCCAUUCCCAGUGUUACUUGCCGAAAGGGAUGGAGGUCACGACUUUGGAAGAGCUCCUGAAACAUCUCCACGAGAGCAGCGGCUCCCCCCCAAAGGUCCCCGGGCACCUCCCGGCCACGGCUCCCCACUCCGCCCUCUCCUUCGCCAACCGGGUGCAGCCCAAGAUCCCCGACGUCGAGAGCGCCCCCUACUACAGUUCGUCCACUCUGCCCCGGGACAGCCUGCCCCGGCGGCUCGACGUCCCCCCGGACCCUCCUCCCCACGCCUGCUCGGAGAAACCAGGCAGGCACCCCUCCCAUAGACACUCGCUCUGCGCGGCCCCCAAGCUGGUGAACAUGGGCGGCGGCAUGCUCUCGCGGCACCACAGCCUCAGCCAAGCGGGGCGGCAUCCGCCCACGCUCCUCACGCGCAUGCACUCCACACCGACGUCAGUGCCUCAGGAAGGCCACGCCAUCUUCCUAGCCAGGCAGCACAGCUACGGCGACCAGGUCUCGCUGCCCAGCCAUCACGGCGGCAUCAAGCGGUCGGUCUCCAUGGUGAAGCCUGGCGUGUCGCCCAUGCCCUUGUUCAUGCCUUCUUCUCCUCCAGCGCAGACCUCCGGGCAGUUCAAUUACUGAGCCAUUUGGACAAGGGACUCGUUC